AUGCAUUUCUCAACAGUCACCGCCGUUGUUCUUGGCGCUUUGUGUACUGGCACUCAGGCGUGGCAAAUUACCGCUUACAACAAUGUCAACAACUGCAAGGCCAACCGCGACUCUAGCUACCAGGUCAUCUCUGGAGCUAACAACAACGACGGCUGUAUGACAUUUGGUCAGGGCAUGGGUGGCGUCAACUGCCGUCAGUACUACAACGGCGGUAGCAGCAAUGGAGCUUGUACGGGUACUCCGAAUGUCCGUUCUCUCCUCCAGGAGGCUGGAAGAUGUGUUGUCUACGACCAGGCCAACUGCAAGGGUAGAUACCAAGACAGCGGUAAUCUCAGCGGCAGGUCAUGCGCCUCUCUUGAGCGGUACAACUGGGGUCCCAUCCGCUCCUUUUGGUGCACCGGUUACGUUACCAGAAACUGGGAUUUGACCCAGAUGAUAUAA